UCUUGAAGUUGCCUACUUUUCCUUUUUUUUUCUUCUUUUUUUCUAUCAUCACUCAUUCUCCUCUUUUUGUAUAUUUACAUAAAUCUACUUAUAUCACCAAAAAAAAAAAUUGUUAUAAUUAUUCAUGGCUUUGCAUAAACAUGUUAUAGUGAUUCUCUUGGCUUGUUUGAUCAACUCUUGUUAUGCUUAUCAAUUCUAUGUUGGUGGUAGAGCUGGUUGGGUUCCUAAUCCAUCUGAAAAUUACAAUAAUUGGGCUGAAAGAAUGAGAUUUCAAGUCAACGACACUCUCGUGUUCAAGUACAAGAAGGGAUCAAAUUCAGUAUUAGUGGUAAACAAGGAUGAUUAUGACAAAUGCAAUACAAAUAAUCCAAUUAUGAAAAUGGAUGAUGGAAAUUCAAUUUUCAAAUUUGAUCAUUCUGGUCCAUUUUUUUUUAUUAGUGGAAAUAAAAAUGAUUGUCAAAAUGGAUCACAAAAAUUAAUUACUGUUGUUUUAGCCAUUAGACCUCCUCCUCCUUCAACUCCGGCGACUUCUCCGGCAACUUCCCCGUCGGUAUCUCCCGCAACAUCUCCGGUGAGUCAAACACCUACUUCAUCACCCACAAUUUCUCCGGCAACAUCUCCGGCGACUUCUCCGGCAACAUCACCAUCAACUUCUCCGACAACAUCACCAUCAACAUCUCCGGCGACUACUCCGGCGCCGGCGAGUAUAUCGCCAUCGGGGGCGAUAAUUUCACCAUCUCCAUCGGGUAAUUCAUCGUCAUCGUCUCCAAGUUCACCGAGCACACCAGGAUCGCCGGUGGAAUCACCGCCGGGAGGCAGCGGGAACAGUCCGCCGGCGGAUAUUCCGGCACCUACCGGCUCAAAGAACUCGGCAGUAAAAGCAUAUUCUACAACUUCAGCUGUUUUUGUGUCAAUUUUAUUUACUAUAAUAUUUUUUAUUUCUGUUUAGUGGAAAAUAGAUAAAUUUAUUAAAACAUAUAAAAAUAAAAAAAAAGUUUGUUUUUUUAUUUAAAAAAAAAAAGUCUUCGUACGUUGGAUUACUGAGAGGUUUAUUAGAUAGAAAGGCAGUGUUUUAUUAUUUUAUUUUUAUUUUUAUUUUUUGUUGUUUUUCAUAAUUAUUAUGGAAUUAAUUUCAUGAGA